AUGGGAGAAAUGGUUCAGACAGAUGGUGUAGGUUCAGAUAAGCAAAUGAGAACAAAUCAAAAAAUUCAGGAAAUAAUCAGCAAAAACAAUGUAUUGAUUCUACAAAUGAAACUUGAUAAUAAUUUGCUGAAGAAGAAGCUGGAUGAGAAAAUGGAGCGGCAUGAGUUGCUCAGUAAUGAACUGGUGAAUAAAGAAAAGGGUGAAAAAGGUGACAUUAAGCAUGUCACUGGUAAGUCUGCCGUGCAGAAGUUGGAGAAGCUAGUGAACAAGAAAAUUUGGCAGCUGAAUUCCAAACAACAUGUGAAAGAAGCCCGGAAGCGCCGUUUAGAGGAGCUGAAACAGCAGCACAGCUCCCAUAUUCAUACAGUCCGGACUGAGCAGGAUAUGUGCAGUCAAGAGGAACAUAAGCAACGAGUGCUUCAGUCUAGUCUGGAAGAGGCUCAGAUGAAGUUUGAGGAGGCUGAGCACCUUACACACAUUUACCAUGAUAUCAAAAAAGAGAUCCAGGGUGAGAUUUUAACUUUCAAGAGUCGUAUGGAGACGAUAAAGGCGGAGGUGGAGAGGCAAAAGCAGGUGUUGAUCAGACUCCGACACAUGCAAAAAGAUGUGUGCCUGUCAAAGGAUGAGGCAAAGGCAGCAUUGCAACGUCACAAAUUGUUGGCUGAGAGGAAGCAUCAUGCAAGAGAGCUACUCAAGACCAAAUAUGCCAAACAAGCAGAAAAAGAACGAGACCGUCUGGAUUCUGUUACGUGGCCAAAACAGCCUCAGAUUAUUUGGAGACAGAGCCGAUAUGAUGCCCCUGAAGAGGAGGAGGCAGAGAAGGAAGGCGACUCUUUAGAAGAGGCAUUUGGAAAGCUCAGAGAGGCAACUGGUGCCACUGACACCGAGAAAGUGGUGCAGUUCUUUAUUUGUCAGGGUGACACUCAAAAGCGCUUGGAACAUCUUGCUGCAGAAAAUGAUAUGCUCCUUCAGUGCCUUAAAGAAGAACAAAAAAAGCUAAAGGAUGAACUUAACCAAAUCAAAUAUUCUGGAGGUGCCAGAAUAAUUCAGGAAAAAAAGGAGAUAGAGGACCUCACCUACACGUUAGAGGCAGAACUGAAACGCAGGGAUGAAGCCAAGAAAUGGGCAAAGGAGCUGUCCAACAGAACUCUGAAUAAAGUGAGGGCUGUGCUUGAAACACUUGUUGAGAAGCUACAGCACAUCAGCAAGCCUAAGAUCAGUCCCCUUUCAGUGCGCCAUGUUCCAUCCUUAGAAGAAUAUGUCUUGGACCUCUUGUCUAGUGUGGAGAAACAGCUAAUGGUGAUUAUGGAGGAAUUCCGUGGCAAGGAUCUGGCAACCAUUCAGAAAGAAAUGAAAGAUAGUAAGAAAGAUUAUUCUGUGCUGGAAGAGAUCAUGCCACCUACUAACGUUAGAAUCAAGCUGCCAAUGCUUCCAGGUGAAGAGAUGGAUGAAGAAAUUGAGGACAGUGAAGAAGAGGAUCCUGAUGUUCUCACUCGUGAGCAACUGAAACGGCAGUCACAAAAGAUUGUCAAUUCAAAGAAGAGAAGAGGCUAAAUUAUAGAUAUUGGACUUAGAUGAACAAAAGCCUGACAAAAUAACAAGCUGAACCAACUUAAUGGAGCUGGUGUUUUGCUAAUGGUAUGAAGAAUUUCUCUCUAAAUGAUUGCUUGAAUGAUGAUGGAGUUUUCUUCUCAGUGUAACUUAGUUUCAGGCCAUCAUCAAUACUACCUGUGCAAUACCAUAAAAUAAAAAAACCUGAAUUCUUUCCACUGACCUGCCACUUAUUUACCAGUUGUCUACAUAGAUUAACUUUGUGUUGAAGAACAAUGGCCUUCCGGCAGAUUUUGU